AUGUCUGAAGUCAAGGCGAUUAUCAAGAAUGCGGAUAUGUCGGAGGGCAUGCAACAGAGGUCAAUUGACUGCGCCCGAGAUGCCAUGACCCAGUUCAACGUUGCAAAGGAGAUUGCUGCCUACAUUAAGAAGGAAUUUGAUUCCACGUAUGGUCCAAUAUGGCACUGCGUUGUUGGCCGUCAAUUCGGAAGCUAUUUGACCCAUGAGGCGAGGCACUUUAUAUUCUUCUACAUGAACCAGAUGGCAAUUUUGAUCUUCAAAGCUGGUUAA